AUGAUAAGGGAAAAAGUUUGGCUAAAGAUUGAGCAAUUAUAAAAAAGACAAAGAGAAGACAAGUUUUAGGUAAAAUUAUAAACAUAUAUUUUAUAGUUAAAAAGAAGAUUCAAAUUUCCAAUAUAAUAAAUUUUGGAUGAAAUCAUACAAGAUAAAAGUUUGAUUAUUGAUUUACUUUAUAGUAAUCAUAAAUUGACAGAAAAAGCGUAUUAAUGAUAUGUAUUUAGAUUAAAUUAUGGAAUUAUUGAUUGUUUACUAAAUAAUUGCAAUUCAAAUAAAGCAUGUCUAUAAUUAUUGGCAUUAAUUAUUUUGAGGUAUAUAAAUAUUAUUUAAAAAUUAGAGAUAAGAAUAAAUUAGUUUAAGAGUAUCUUUAAGAUAAAGAAAUUACAUGUUAAACAAUUAAGCAAUUAAUAUCUAGAAAUAGACAUUGA